AGCAAAAGAAAGAAACAGAAAGAGAGAGAAAGAGAGGAGAGAGAAACACAGAGUCCCACAACUGUCUGUCCUCGCUGCUCGACAAAAUUGCCACCGCCAAUAAUGGUUGGGACUUGGGACCUUUGAAACCAGACACACAACACAACCCUCUCUCUCUCUCCCCUCUGAAAUCUCUCUCUCACCAACUCUCUGAGUUUCAUAUGCAUCAUCGUCUGCCAUAUCUCUUCUAAAUUUCCACCUUUCGUUUCUUACCACAAUCCCUCUCCUCUCUGAAUUCCCCUCCAAUUUCAUGUUUUAACCUCGAGUCACUAUUCCUUCCAGGCACAGCAUUUAUUGUGCGUUACAUUCUGCAGAUAUGAGCGUGUAUUAUCAACAUUUCAGAAAGCUAAGGAAUAUAUUAAUAUAGAUAUGAUUAUUAUGGGGUGUCCUUCUGCUGCUGCUUCUUGGGGAUUACAUUUAUUAUUGCUAUUGUUUUGUUAGUAUCAUCACUCCCAUACAAUACAGCAACUACUCUACGGAAGAAUUUAAGGUCACUUCUGAUGGAGAGGCCUCAAGGACCCAUCAAUUCCUGUCUCUUUGGUGAGCAUUUGGUGCCGAACUGCUUCGAGCAAGGUCUGAUUGAGAAUGAAGAUGAAGAAGAACUUUUGAUGUCACUAUCAAGUUUGGAUGAUAAAAUGCCAUUUCUUGAGAUGCUUCAGAAUGUGGAAUCUCAAACCCCACAAUUGUUUCCCUUCAAAGACUCGUACUUCCAGUUUCAGACACUUGUAAACCAGAAGAAACCAUGCGCAAAAGAAGAGAGGGAAAGGGUGUCCGUACCUAGAGCAAUAGAGACCCAAGUUCACGCGCCGCCGGAGCUAGAGAGCUGCGUCACCCACGAGACGGCAGAGAUGCCGUCGCAGUCGUUGGAGAAAUCUGAGAACUGUAGGAGAAAGAGGAAGAGACAUGUUAAGAGCAGAGAAGACGUGGAGAAUCAACGCAUGACCCACAUUACAGUCGAACGCAACCGUCGCCGCCAAAUGAACGACCACCUUGGUGUUCUGAGAUCGCUCAUGCCUCCACCCUAUAUUCAAAAGGGUGACCAAGCGUCUAUUAUUGGAGGUGCAAUAGAUUUUGUGAAGGAAUUGGAGCAGUUGCUUCAAUCCCUGGAGGCACAGAAAAGGAUGAGAAGGAACAAUGAAAUUGGAUUCAGCUACGGAACGACGUCGAGUGUGGAAGAAUCGAACUUUGGGGAAGAGGUGCAGGCAGAGAGCAAGUCAGAGUUUGCAGAAAUAGAAGUAACUGUGAUUCAAAACCAUGUGAACCUCAAGGUUCAGUGCAAGAGAAGAAGCGGGCAGUUAGUGAAAGCCAUUGUGGGUCUUGAGGAUCUUAGGCUAACUAUUCUGCACCUAAACAUAACCUCCUCCUCCCGGGCCUCGGUUCUCUACUGUUUCAAUCUCAAGAUACAAGAAGAGUGUAAGGUAGUGACAGCAAGUGAAAUUGCAGGAGCAGUUGAAGAGAUGUUCAGGUUCAUCAAUGGAAGCUAGCAAAGGAAGUGACUGGGACUAGGAAGGCAGAGAAACGGGGAGCAGAGGGCACUGCUAAUUUGUCUGUAUAGGCCAUGUGAAUUGAAUUAUGCUUCUCGAUAAUGUGUGUGAUAUAGAGAGAUGGAGACAGAUUUAGUACAGAGAGAAGACAGAGAGGCCAUCACAUGAAAACAUUGAUCUGCUCCUUAAAUAGUAAUCUCCUUAAUUUAAUCGUCCUCCCAAUGUUUCGUCUCAUUUUUUUCUCUCUGUCAGACACUAUUAAUUUGUUCUGCUGAUGCUU